AUUGCAUUGGGAAUUUCCAAUAUCAGUAGAAAUGUCGCAAAUGUUAUUGUUAAAGUUAUUGUAAAUCUACUUGAAGUUAAUCAAAUCAGGAUAGAUAUUGUUACCAGUUAAAACUCUGAAAGCUGCUACACCAGCCAAGAAAGGACGUUCGACACGGGGAGCACCGAAGGCAGCAACCCCAAAACCUGUGGAGGAAGUCAAAGUUCCAACACCAGCACGUGUUGCUAAAUCACUUGUGAAAGGAAGGAUCAGCUAUGUCCUUUGCCCGAGAGUCCCCAGUUAAACGAUGGACGCAGCCUAACAAGGAAGAGAAAAGUGAAGAGGAUGAUGGGAAGUACUACUGUGGCGCUCCUGGCGGUAGAUUCGACACAUCAAUCAUAUUCUCAACAAUGAAAACCAGCAAAAGCACAUCGGAAUCUGACAAUGAUUCCGGUGUCUGUAACGUCUGUAACUCUAGUAAGGCAACAAACAGUAUUGGAAGUCUGAGCGACAAUUAUGAUAGCGAUGAUGAAGGGAGGGGUGUGUCGUUUGAUCAUUAUCCGCCACAAAUAAAAAUUCGCACUGGCGGUGGAAUAAAUUUAGAUUAUGAUGAAGCUUAUGAGGUGAAAUCUGAUCAUUCCUCGCAAGAUGAAAAUUCACCUCGAAAUGAUUUUUCAAAAGGAAUUGAAAUGACGACAUUUAGUAGUCGGGAACCUGCUGACGACGAUGAUGAUGAGUUCAAUUUCAAACGUGAAGUCAGUUAUCAAGAUGAUUUUAAUACUUCCUCUUCAGAGGAGGAUGAAGACGAAAAUUCAUACAGACACAAAUACUAUGAUAUGAGUUACAGACCUUUAAAUAGGGAUGUCCCAACUUUCCAGCCAACGUUUGAGCCUUUAGGCGCGUCUUCCUUAAGUAGUAGAGAAGUUGAUAGAGGUAUAAAUUUUUUAAGUUUGAAAGAAGGGCCAUCUCAGUACAGUAGGUACUCCUCUUAUCAGAAUCCUCAGUUUAGCAGUGAACGAGUGAAAAUAGAAACAUGUAGGUAUAAAAGAGACAAGACUGAUCCUCCAUUUGGUCGCGGACCUAAACAAUUAGACAGAGUGGCCAGUUCAACUGGGUCAUUAAUUUCCCAAGUGCGAAGUGACGAAGUGAAAAAUAUGCUAGAGGGAAGAAAACUAGAACCACUGCAAAACGAAGAUCCCAAAAGAAAGAAAAAGAAGAAUAAAAAUGCUAAAGAUUUCAGCACACAUGAUAGUCUUGCAAAUGACCCCUAUACACGAGUACUGUAUGAGAAAGCUCUAAAAGAAGGCACCGAGGAAGACAACAGCAUCAGAGUCAUGGUAAUCGGAUGUUACGGACAAGGUAAGACGUCUUUAGUCAGAAGAUUAGUUCAACAGCCUCUGAAAGAUGUAAUGACGACAAAUGGGAUAGAGGUUCAAAGAUGUAAAUGCAGUAAGGAUGGUGCAUGGGAAGCACAGAUAUCGGAGGACCUUGAAGUUGAGAGUUCUAAACGUUUAGCUUACGUCGCAAAAUCCUCUGAAGGAAGAAUAAACGAAGGAACUGGCGUGAAGCCUGAUUUUGUUCCGCUGGCGACUUACAACACAAAGGUCAAGGAGAAUACAGCUGUAACAUUAUCAACAACCACAGUAGAAGAAAACUUAAAGAGUAAUAUAAACAGAAAUAAUGCAAAGAGUAAUAAAAACAGAAAUUAUCCAGUUAACUCUGAUAUUAAAAAAGAGGUGACAGACGAAAUUUUAAAAGCUGAUCAAAGCGAUACGUUUAUGGAUCAAGAGAAUCAUGUAACAGACUUAAAAACAUUUAGUGCGGAAUUAAAAAGACAUAGACAGACAUCAAACGCGUCAACAGAAAGUGACAUUUUUUUAAAUAUUUGGGACUUUGGUGGUCAGUUUGUGUACUACGCAACUCAUCAGGUGUUUCUCUCUACGAAGCCUGUUUACAUUCUAGUUUUUAACAUAGCAGAAGGUUUGGAUAAAACGAUAAGCGAUCCUGAUUUCCCGGGAAGGUCAUGCAAAAUGACAAUGAGAGAUUAUAUAAGGUUUUGGGUUACUUCUGUGCAUUCGUUCGUUGGCGCCGAGGAUGGGACGGAGCCAACCAUUAUCAUGGUAGGCACGCAUAAAGAUGAAAUAAAGGAAGGAAUCAAUACUGAUGAUAUAUUCGAGGAUAUUAGGAAAAUGUUUGAUGAUACUUCGGCUAUAAAUCACUUCCAUCCGGAUCAGUUUGUAGUUUCAAACACGUCUUUGACAGAUGAAAGUAUAGAUAUACUGCGAAAAACUAUACUAGAUGUUGGAAGGGGGCAGGCAAAUAAGGUUGUAGUACCUGCAAAAUGGAUACUGCUUGAAAAGGAGUUGAAAAAAAUUCGAAGCAAGAAAAUAGUCACAUUAGAGGAAGUGCUAGAAAUAGAUCGCAGAAACUAUUCUCGAGUCCAGACAGAAACCCAAGAUGCAAAGAAUGACCAAAUACGGCUCUUCCUGAGAUACCAUCAUGCUCUGGGAUCAUUUUGCUACUUUGAUGAUAGAAAUUUGUCUGAAAAUAUUGUCGUGGAUCCACAAUUUUUAAUUGAUGCUUUUAGCUGUAUCGUCACAUCAGAGCAGUUCUGCAGAGUUCGUCCCAAAUUAAGGAAAAAGUGGCGAAAACUUUGUGAAACUGCUAUACUGGAACCGGAGUUGCUGGAGGAAGUCUGGCGCAAAAAUCCGAGGGAAGAAUUCCAUAAGUUCAAGAAACUGCUAACAGAGUUUUUACAAAAGCACCGGAUAAUCUCAGAAGUGUUAAAAUAUGAUGAAGAAGGUGCAACUUCGCCACAACCACUCGGAUUUUACAUAGUACCUAGCUUUCUUAAGGUAUCUGCAAGUGACGAGACUGUUGGAGAUUUCUUGGAUGGUAAACCAACAACGAAAGUGUCUUUGGGAUACAUUUUCGAAAAUGAAGCACUUACACCCACGCUGUAUCAAAAACUUCUAGCAGCUGUUGUUGGUAGAUGGCCUCUGCUGAAGUUUACUGGACAGUAUAUUUUGUUCAGCAAUAUGGUUGCAUGUGAACUUCAGUCAGAUCAUGCAGGAUUGCUUAUUCAGGCUCAAAAUAAGCUUGAACUGCUUAUAGUUAAUCUUUGUCCCGUAAAGUUCGUCAGGCCGGAUGUCUGUGAUAUGUUUAGAAGAUUCGUAGAAAUGGUGAUAGGGCAUGAGUUUUGCAGAUUCCGGGGCCUUGAAGAAUAUGCAAGCCAAAGAGACUUUACGAAGUAUGUACGUUGUUUUCAUAAACAACACGGGUUUAAGGGGAGUGAAGACAUACUGGAAUUAACCGACAUACAGUCGCAGUCCGACAGACAUUUUCCAUGUCCUGACAGAGCGAGCCAUUCUUUAGAAAUGAACCACAUUUGUCGGCAGUGGUACCGGCACCAGGUCGCAAUUGGUGAUAUCCCUAAACGGCGGCUAACGGAAAAACAAUACAGUGCACUUUCAAUGGGCAUCGGACAGGGUUGGCAACAAAUAGGCCAUCAGUUGGGCCUCGGAGUUAUAUCUCUUCAGCACAUAGAUCUGGACAAUAAGACCACAGAUAUGAAAAUAUUUAAAAUGUUCUUGAAAUGGGACGCAAAUGAACUAGACAGAGCAACGCUUGAUGUUAUGGUGAAUGCUAUUCAGGAAUGCCGGCAAAUUACAAGUGUAAACUGGGAUGUAGUGAAAAAUAUUGUCGAUGGAUUUUGAUUGAAAGCUUUCAAAAGACUUUCGUAGCCAAAAAGAUUUGAACUGAUACUUAGGUUUUUCUACAUGUCAUCUACUUACAGUAAGUUUGAAAAGACUGAACGUUUUACACAAGGUUGAAACCAGUGCCGGAAAGUUUUAAGAGAUCAAGAGAAAUGUAAACAGAAAUAGCAGUGUUGAUAAUGUGGAAAUGGAUAUUUGGAUUUUCAGACAUUCCUAUCGUUUUACUGUUGUUUCUUCAAGAAAACAGGUCCGCAUCAGUUACAAUCGCUAUGUCUACGUACUUGUUACAUUAACUUGACAAUGUUAUAAUUAGAUCGGACAGGACUCUUCGAGAAAAGGUGACACUAGAACUAAAAAUGGAGACAAAAACAUCUUUAUCGACUUCUUUUCAUGAACCGCUUGAUAGAUCAUCACCAAACUGGGCCAGUAUCUUCCUUUUAAGGUCCUCUCUCAAACUUUUGACUGAUUUUAGGGACCUUCAGAGAUGAAAAUAGAAAAUCUUUAAGCAACAUGUUCUCAUGAACCGCUGGAUGGAUCGUCAUUCAAGCUGAAUUUAGUGGGUAAAAGAGAUAACAAUUAAACGACGCCUUCUCAGGUUCUAUGAUGGAAUUUAACCAAACUUGGUCUAUAGCAUCCUUGUAAGGUCUUCUCUCAAAUUUGUUCAGAUGGUCUCGCUUGACUGGUUUUAGGGGCCGCCAGAGCUGAAAAUGAAAAAAAAAACAAACAACAUCUCCUCACGAGCCGUUAGAUAGAUCGACACCGAACUUUGCCUGUAGCAUUCGUAUACGAUACUCUCUCAAAUUAUUCUCUGUAGCCUAGUGGUAGAGCGUCCGCUUCGAGUGCGGGAGGUCGUGGGUCCGAUCCCCGGCUGCGUCAUACCGAAGAUGUAAAAAAUGGUAGUAGUAGUUUCCUGGCUUGGCGCUCAGCAUUAAGAGGAUAGUGAUAGGACUGGCCAGCCCGGUGUCAGUAUAAUGUGACUGGGUGGGGUAUCAUGCCGCGUGUCUACGGCGUGAUAUCCCAGUGAGGCAGCACUAUAAAGUUGGGCAUUGUGCUCACUGCUACAAGUAGACACCAUCGUUUACAUGACUGAAAAAUUGUUGAAAAAGACAUUAUACCCCGAACACACAUACGCACGCACACACGCACGCACGCACACACAUACACAUACACACACACACACACAAUCAAAACGUUCCGCUUGACUGAUUUUAUGGGCUGCCGGAGCUGAAAAUAGAAGAACCUUUAAACAACUCCCGUCUUAUUAUUGCUAAGUUUGGUCUGUAGUAUCCAUGUGGGGUUCUCUAUCAGAUUUGUUCAUUUUUUGGUUUUUGUUCACUGAUAUUCAUACAAAAAUAAAAAUAGAAAACAGGUAAAAAUAGGAAAAACUUUUAACGACAUCUUCUCAUGAACUGAUUGGUUGUAACCAAACUUGGUAUGUAGUAAUCUAAGGUCCUCUUGCACACCAAUUUUGUUCAAGUGGUUUCAUUUGACUGAUUUUUGGGGCUGCAUGAGCUUAAAAUAGAAAGACCUAUUAUACUACACACAGCUGUUAGCAUUUAUGAUUCAAUGUGUCAAACAUACAUUCAAGGUCAAAUUGUCCGUAUCAGGUGAGCGAUUUAUGGCAACAUUGGCCCUUUUGUUAGAAGUAGGUAGUGAUCGUAAAGUAAAUGAACUGAUGCCUUUGAACAGUUUGAUGCAUAUGGCAUGUUUUAAUGACAAUAUGUCAUUCUUAAAGUCUCAUAAGGCUUAAAAUUUUAUAUUGAAAACAGAGGCUAAAGCUGUCCAAAUACAAAUGUAGAUGGUAUGCAAAAUUGCAUGGUUAGAAAAGCACUGCUUGAAAUACUGUUAAUGAACAUAUACAUUUACAGCUGUAAAGGGAGGUAAUCGAAAACAGUGAUAUUCAAUAAAACUUUGAAUUAUUUAAUAUUCAAACCUUUGACAAUAUUAAAGAAAACAAUUACUGAAAAUAGGAUUUCACAAGAAACGAGUAUAUAUAUAUUAUGUUCAUAAUAAAAAUGUGGUAGUCACAUUAUGAACAAAGGCAUAAUGAGCCUUUAAUCCUGUCCAUGCUAUAUCAAUGCAAUUGAAAGGUAAGCUGUCUAUGUUAAAUGCUAUGCAGGGUAACACAGUCAUGCAUCUAACAGUCCUGAAACUGUUUUCUUUAAUUUUGUAACAAUGCUAGGUAUUUUCCCAUACUUUGACGCAUAUAUUGAAAGCAGGUAUCGUUCUCUUUCCGGCUGUAGCUUUUUCAGCAUAUUUUUCCUUGUGAAAUUAUCAAAAACUAGGUCAGUAGGCUAGACCAACGGAAAAUAUUGUUAACACUCUAGAGUCCACAGUUUAAAUUUGAAACUCAUGAGCAUUGGUCAGAAUGUUUGUCUUCAUGAUUUCUGGGUCAGAUUUGAAUCUGGGUUAUGUGGGGUCAUAAACAAGGUCACCCCGUCAAAUCAAAGGAAAGGUUUUUUUACAAUCUAGAGGCCACAUUUGUAACCCAAUCUUUAUGAAACUAGGUCAGAAUGUUUCUCUUGAUGACCUCUAGGUCAAGUUUGACACAAAAUUAUGUGGGGUCAAAAACUAGGUCUUUAGGCCAUAUCAAAAGAAAAUCUUGUAAACACUCUAGAGUCCACAGUUUCAGUUUGAAACUCAUGAGAAUCGGUCAGAUUGUUUGACUUGAUGACCUCUAGGCCAAGUUUGAAUCUGGGUCAUGUGGGUUAAAAAAACUAAGUCACCCAGUCAAAUCAAAGAAAAACUUGUAAACAUUCAAGUUGCGCCCCAAUCUUUAUGGAUCUUAGUCAGAAUAUGUGUCUUGAUAAUCUCUAGAUCAAGUUUGGAAAUGGGUUAUGUGGGGUCAAAAAACUAGGUAAUUAAGCCAGAACAAAGGAAAGUCUGGUUGAUACUCAAGAGUCCACGGUUUAAAUUUGAACUCAUGAGAAUUGGUCAAAAUGUUUUUCUUGAUUACCUCUAGGUCAAGUUCGAAUCUCGAUCAUGUGGUUCAAAAAACCAGGUUACCCGGUCAAAUCAAAAGAAAAACUUGUUAACACUUUAGGGGUCUCACUUGUGACCCAAUCUUUUUGAAACUUGGUCAGAAUGUUUGUCUUGAUGAUCUCUAGGUCAGUUUUUAAA